GUAUAUAAGUAAAUAUACCAUUUAACAUCUUCCAAAAUUGCUUUUACUUUACAAUGAUGAACAAUCGGAGACGGACAAACAAUUUUACUUAUGUUAGUUCAUGUGUAAAAUACAUGAUAUUUCUGCUCAAUUUUAUUUUUUGGUUGUUUGGUGGUCUUCUAAUCGGAGUGGGUUUAUAUGCAUUUGUGGACAAGUGGCAAGCAACUGGUUCAGUUAGAGUGGAGAAUGUGUACGAUGUAGUGCUAAAUAUUUCACUUGUAAUGGUUAUAGCAGGAGGAGUAGUCUUUGUUGUCAGUUUCGCAGGAUGUGUUGGAGCAUUGCGUGAAAAUACAUGUCUUCUCAAGUUUUAUUCAUUGUGUUUACUGGUGUUCUUUCUUCUUGAAAUGGGUAUAGCAAUUGUUGGAUUUGUAUUCCCACAUACACUGCAAUCGCUAUUGGAAGAAUCAUUUACAGAUAAAAUCAUACAGACGUAUCGUGAGGAUCCUGAUUUACAAAAUUUUAUUGAUUUUGGGCAACAAGAAUUUAGAUGUUGUGGUUUAAGUCAAGAAGGUUAUUUGGACUGGGGAAAAAAUGAAUACUUUAACUGCUCCAGUCCAAGCGUAGAACACUGUGGUGUACCAUUUUCUUGUUGUAUUAAUGCUACAGACAUAUCGAGUGGUCUUGUGAAUAUAAUGUGUGGUUAUAACGUACAAAUGUUACCAGUGUCUGAAGCAGGCAAGAAAGUGUGGACUAGUGGUUGCAUUGAAAUUGUGAGAAGUUGGGCAGAACGUAACUUGUAUACAAUAGCUGGUAUCGCUUUGGGUAUAGCUCUUAGCCAAUUAUUUGUCAUUUAUCUUGCAAAAACGUUAGAAGGUCAAAUUGAAUUGCAAAAGUCUCGCUGGCAUUCCUGAGCUUGACUUCAGGCCACCUACCGCUACCAGAUACAUUCCCCUAAUAGCAGGCAGGUGGCCAGUGGCCGAACGAGAGGCCAGGAUACAGAAACAAAUUUAAAUGUUCGUAUGACAUUACUUGUUGUCUUCGCGAUCUCUGUAUACAUACUUUGCAUCCUUUCUUUAAUUAGAUGCGUUCUUUACUUCAAAAA